AUGACAGCGCCCUUGCCGUUGUCGCCGCCGUCGGCUGCUGCUGCUGCUGCUACCGAGAUUGCUGCUGUAGUGGAUGCCGCAGUGAGGCCGGCGGCUAGGCACAAAGUGCGGCCUCUCGCCACCCCGCCGGACGCUGACUUUAUGAGCCCAAGCGUUGUCUCUGCCCACACGCCGGUGGUGCUGACGGCUGAGGCCGUGCGGCGUGUGGAGGCGUUCGUGCUAAACACAAUUCACGAAAUUGUGAACACGCAACCGCCGCUGCCAUCAGCGGGACGCGCUGCGAAGAGGGGUCGCACGGGCGGUGGCGUUGCGGAUCCCAGCAAAGACGCAGUCUGUGAAACACCACGAACCUCACCACCGCUGCUUCUGCGUCUACAAGAAAGCCGGCUUCAAGUAAUACGGCUGCAGCUGCUGGUGCUUCGUGUGCUUUACGAUAAUCUUCACCUUGGUGUGAUCAGCACGCAGCGGGACAUUUACUACCACCUCUCCCGCCUUGUGCCCGACCAGGGCUGCGUCAACCGCACCAUCCAGCAGCUCGUGCAGGUGCUCGGCGUCCCGAGGCAGUGGCUCGGUGUGGUGCCUGGCACGCGUGGUUGCGUGGGCGGUGCUCUGUACUUUCAUGGUGUCGACCUGCGCCGCCACGGGUCGGAGGGGAUGCCGCUUCCGACACGGCAAGAGGAGCUGUGCGUCGAAUGGCGCAGUGUCGACGGUGCUGCUGCUGCUGCUGCCGCAGAAGAUGGCCGCACCAUGGGCGGCUUCCUACUCUGCGAAUGCACGCGCUACAUCCUCGUUGUGGAGAAGCACGCGGUGUUUUUCCGUCUCAUGGAGGAGCGAAUCUUUGAGCGGGUGCCGUGUGUGCUUCUCACCUCCCACGGCUUUCCCACAGUUGCGGCGCGGACGCUCCUGGCGAACAUGCAUCGUGCCGUCCCACACCUGCCUGUCGUGGCGCUCGUUGACUACAACCCAAGCGGUCUUGCUAUUUUGCAGCAGUAUAAGCUUGGUGCGGGGGCCAUGCAGGAGAACCGCUAUGCUGCAGUGCAUGCACUUCACUGGCUCGGCUUGCGCAGCUGUCACAUUACACAGCCGUGCGCCACUGAUGAUGCCGCAGCUGCUGUUUCCUCGACAGUGGAUACAUCGUCUCCUGCUGCUGGCAUUCGUCCGCGUCUUCCGUUUCAGCCCUUCAGUCAUCGCGAUAAAGUGCUGCUGGUGAAUAUUCUUGCGCGCUGGCAUAACGUAUGGGAAGGGUGUGAUACCACCUUUGGUGAAGAGGCGUGCAAGGUGUGGCAUACCGAGGCACUGGAGAUGCAGCGGCUGCAGGUGAAGGUGGAGCUGGAGACGCUCUAUGCCAGCGCCACAGAUGGCGCAGCGCAUGAUGCGAUUCCGUCACAGCUGCCGGAUGGGCGUGGCUUUUCCAGUUGGGUGUGCCGCGCCCUCCUGCGCCAUGACUACAUCUGA